AUGGUGCAGCACUGCAAUAAGGACUCGAUUAUUGAUUUGGAGACUGAUGGAGAUGGUGUAUUUAGGUACUAUUUUUUGGCUCUUGGUGCAUCUAUUCAUGGUUUCUUAUCAUCUGGUCGUCCUGUUAUAGUUGUUGAUGCUACACAUUUGAAAGGUAAGUUUAAGGGUGUGAUGUUUGUUGGUGUGACUAAAGAUGGCAAUGAACAAGUUUUUCCACUAGCUAUGGGGCUUGGUGAUAAGGAGAAUGAUAGGUCAUGGUCAUGGUUUUUUACACGUUUGAGACGUGCCUUUGGUGUUCCAAAUAACUUGUUGUUUGUUUCUGAUCAGCAUUUGAGCAUAAAGAAUGCUAUUGAAGCUGUCUUUCCUAGAAUUCAUCAUUGUCUUUGCACUUAUCAUUUGCAAAAGAAUCUUGCAAGAUAUGGUGCAAAUACUGUAGCUGUGUUUCAGAGGGCUGCGAAUAGCUACAAGAGGGAACAAUAUGAUUUGCAUGGUGGUCAGUUGGCCUUGGUUUGUGAUAAAGGUGCAUAUACGAAGUUAAUGGAUCUUCAGCCUUCUAGAUGGGCGUGUAGUCAUUCUACAGUUCGUAGAUAUAAUUUCAUGACAUCUAACUGUUCCGAGGUAUUCAAUGGUAGGCUUCGAUGGGGUAGGAGAUUGCCUGUAUGUACCUUGUUUGAGUUUGUGAGGACAUUGAUAGCUCAUUGGUUUCAAGAGAGGCGCGGCAAGGCUUUGUCUAGAUCUCAUACACUUACAGAGCGGGCGGCAUUGAAAUUGGAUAUCUUAGUUGAGGAAGGUCGCACAAUGGAGGUGAAUCCCAUUAAUGAAUUCAAAUUCACAGUUUCUUCUAGUGAUCGGAGUUAUGUUGUUGACCUUCGUGCUAUGAGUUGUUCUUGUCAUCAAUUUGAUCUUGACUUGAUUCCUUGCCCUCAUGCUGCUGUUGCUGCUAUUUUGUAA